AUGGACGAGAAGACAUGGAAGAACAAAAUCAACGAGGCCAACAAGAUGGCCCUGCUGGCCUGGGAGAAGGAGACGGGCAUCGAGCUGGUGCAGAUCAAUGGGCAGAGGCGCUACGGGGGCCCUCCCCCAGGCUGGGUGGGCGGCCCGCCGCCGGCCGGCACCGAGGUGUACAUCGCCAGGCUGCCGCAGGACAUCUACGAGGACACGCUGCUGCCGCUGUUCGGGAGCGUGGGGCGGCUCUACGAGUUCCGCCUGAUGAUGACGUUCAGCGGCAUGAACCGCGGCUUCGCCUACGCCCGCUACGCGUCCCGGCAGGACGCGCGCAGCGCCAUCGCCACCUUCCACCGCUUCCAGCUGCGCCGCGGCUGCGCCAUCGUCGUCUGCUGGAGCACGCAGAAGCGCGAGCUGCUCGUCAGCGGCCUGGGCGCCUCAGUGAGCCGGCGGGAGCUGGAGGCCACGCUGCAGAGGGUCACCGAGGGCAUCUGUAGUGUCACCGUGCACGCCAGCCCCUCGCAGAAACAGGCCAAGCUCGCAGUGCUGAAGUACAGGUCGCACCAGGCUGCUGCCCUGGCCAAGAAAACUCUGAUGGAAGGGACCCUGAGGCUCGGCAAAGCAAAGAUGAUGGUGGAAUGGCUGAAUCCCCAGCUGAAGCAGAAGCUGCAGCUCUGUGAGGAGGAGCCACCAUCCAGCUGGGUGCAGGGAGGUGAGAGCCCAGCAGUGCCCCCGCCUCUGUCGCUGCAGAACGUGCUGCACUGCCUGAACACGCUGUGCUGGAAGCAUCACCUGAGGACACCCCUGAUCAGGACCAAGUGUGUCCAGGUGAACCCCAACGGGUGGCAGCACUUCUGGUACCAGGUGGCCAUCCCAGGGUCCCACGUGCCCGUCAGUGGCUUCAUGUGGAUCUCACCAGACAGGCAGGGCCAGAGCGAGCACGAGAAGGCCAAGGUGGUGGCAGCCCUGCACCUUCUGCGGGUGUUGGCUGAGUCCUUGGGUGCCAGCUGAAGUAGCAGCUGCUCUACCACAGCCACGACUGAGCCCCAGCCCUGCUGGGCUCCUGGCCCUGUUCCAGCAUUCCUUGGAGUUGUUUGCAUCAGUUUUGAGAGCUGGCUCUGGAGGAUAAGGGCUGCUGUCCUGUUCCAUGGCAGCCACCACGUCCCCGGGCAGCCCUCGAGUUGGUUCUAGUUUUGGGUUGUUGGUUUUCCUGUUGCCAAGUUUGGUUCUGUUGAGCUGGUUGGUGUGGUGUUGGAGGGCAGAUCCUGGAGAAGCAGCAGCAGCUCUUGGAGGGGCUGUGCCAGGCCUGGAUGCCAGUGUGAUGGAGGGAAUUCCUCCACUGGCAUUCCUGAGGAGCAGCCUCAGGGGAGAACAAGGCCAGCACAGAGAGUGUCCCAGGGGUCACAGAUGUUCUGUGAGCUGGUGGAGCUGCUGUGUGGGGAGAGGAGUGCCCUUAACCUGUUUGCAUAGUGAGGAAGCAGC